UCUGAUGGACAAGGAUGGUGUCAACUACCGAUGUCGGUCAGAUUGUGCAGCACCCUUAGGAAUGCAAGACGGACGCAUCGCAGACUCACAAAUCAGCGCCUCAUCUGUGUACCCCUCGAGCGAAGUUCAGCCUUUUAAUGCAAGAUUACACUUGACUGUCACUGGUGCAGGCUGGAGCGCAGCCAAGACAGCUGUUGGUGAAUAUCUGCAAAUCGACUUGAAAAAGACGCACAUCAUUAGCAAAGUAGCGACACAAGGUCGAUAUACACCAGGGGGUUUGCAAUAUGUUAAAUUGUAUUAUUUGACGUACAGCCAUGACGAUGUACAGUGGACAACGUUCAACUAUGGCGGGGAAAUGAAGAAGUUUCAAGGCAACGCUGACAUGAGCACGGUCGUUACACACACACUACCUGUGCCAAUCAGAACACGAUUCAUCAGAUUUGUAGCCCUGGAGUGGUAUGCUUGGAUAUCAAUGAGGGUGGAGCUGUAUGGGUGUGCCUCUAAUUAACAACGCCAGGAACCAAACCCGUGACAUUUAGAUGAAUGGUUGCUAAGGAACCGACACAGAAACAAACAACACUGCAAUUUCGARUUUUWUGUUUGCCCUGUGUUAGCAUCAAAACCAAGUAUUCUUUUGUUUCAUUGACAGCACGAGAAAACGCAUUGAAAUUGUAAAGACAGACAAUAAAAUUAAUUUGAAAUCUCACAMGUUUAUACAGUAUACACACAAYAAGGAAUAUUUUGCACACAAAUGAGGCWAACACAGAGYAUCGGAGAAUUCRAAACUGGAKUAUUCAUGCAUGCUUGUUAAGGUAAACCCUMACGAGUGCCUCGGGUCAAAGCUUUGUAUAUAAAUCCAUACACAAAAUGCCUUGUAGCUUAGUUAUCACCAUGGAUACGCAUGACAUCAUGGUGAUGAACAAAUGCCUGGCUGCUUAGUUGUCACCAUGGGAAUGCAUGACGUKAUGCURCAUAGGAUAUUCCCAUAGAAACACCUAMGUCACGUUUCGAUGARCUGUUACCUUUGACAUACAMU